CGUCGAAAUUGCUUGGACAUGUCGGGUCCAUGUCUCCAUGGAAUUUUCUUCUAAAGUUUUCAUUGCGCUGAUAAACCCAAUUUUGCUGAAGGCCUUACUGUGAUUUGGGACUUGAUAAAGAUCAAAGGGCUGCGAAAGUUAACAGCUUCACCGGGGGCGAUGUUCAUAUAGCUUUUUAUGUAUUGGAUCCUGGUAUCCUGUCAGGAUGACUCUGGUGAAGUUAUAGCAAUUGACAUCCUCACCAACUGAAGUUCCGAUUUCGGGAAACUUGUGAAUCUUCCGAAAAUGGCACUUGCUUCUACCGAAAAAGUGAUUCUCGGGUCCAUUGCCUUUUCAAUAUUCUGGGUAUUGGCCGUUUUCCCGUCCGUGCCAUUCCUACCUGUAGGAAGAACUGCAGGGUCGCUCCUUGGAGCGAUGCUUAUGGUGAUUUUCCGGGUCGUAACACCCGAUCAAGCUUACACCGCGAUUGACCUCCCAAUCCUCGGCCUUCUCUUUGGGACGAUGGUGGUUAGCGUCUAUCUGGAAAAGGCCGAUAUGUUCAAGCAUCUGGGUAAGUUGCUCUCCUGGAAAAGCAAAGGAGCACAUGACUUGCUUCUUCGGAUUUGCUUGAUCUCUGCCAUUUCAAGUGCUCUCUUCACAAAUGAUACGUCUUGUGUCGUUCUGACUGAGUUUGUGCUCAAAAUAGCUACGCAACACAAUCUUCCGCCGGAUCCAUUUUUACUUGCCCUCGCCACGAGUGCCAAUAUUGGGUCUUCGGCCACUCUCAUUGGGAAUCCUCAAAAUUUAGUUAUAGCUGCUCAGAGUAAGAUCUCAUUUGGGAGUUUUCUUGUCGGAAUUCUUCCUGCAAUGGUGAUCGGGAUUCUUGUCAAUGCACUGAUGCUUCUAUGCAUGUACUGGAAGCUACUGUCCAUCCAAAAGGACAAAGAAGAUGCAGCUUCUGAAGGAGUGGACGAGGAAGACAUGAGUUCUCAUCCGUUGUUGGCCGCCACAAUGUCGCACUGCAUAUCCCUAAACUUGCAAGAACGGAACUCUAAUUUUGAGCCAAUGGACAUACAGAGCCCUCCUGCAACCGUGAAUGGGGAUGCAAAUCAUGUCGAGUCGCUUAGAAACCGGUUGACUUCGAAUGAGACCUCUAGAUAUAAGAGGAUUUUGUGGAAAUCCUGUGUUUACCUUAUCACCAUCGGUAUGCUGAUCUCUUUGUUGAUGGGUCUGAAUAUGUCUUGGACAGCAAUUACCGCCGCCCUGGCCCUCGUAGUUCUUGACUUUAAAGAUGCUCGGCCUUGCCUAGAGAAGGUCUCCUACUCUCUGUUGAUAUUCUUCUGCGGAAUGUUCAUCACGGUCAACGGAUUCAACGGAACUGAAAUUCCGAGCACUCUCUCGGAUUGGAUGGAGCCACAUGCCAAAGUCAAUCGCGCUAGCGGGAUAGCUGUUCUUGCUGUUGUCAUUUUGGUGUUCUCGAACAUCGCUUCGAAUGUGCCAACUGUUCUCUUGCUCGGAGGCCCGGUGGCUGCGUCGGCAGCUGCUAUUUCUGCCGCGGAAGAGAAGAAGUCGUGGCUCAUAUUAGCUUGGGUGAGCAGCGUCGCAGGGAAUCUCUCGCUGCUCGGAUCGGCGGCCAACUUGAUUGUGUGCGAGCAGGCUCGCUGUGACCCGGAUCGCGGCUAUACUCUAUCCUUCUGGAACCACUUGAAGUUUGGAGUCCCUUCCACCAUUAUUGUAACUGCUAUAGGUUUGAUACUGAUAAGUUGACAAGUAACUAAUAGCAUCUCUUGUGAAUUCUUAAUAGUACUUUUAAUUGAGGCAAUCUCCUGCUGAAUUCGCUAUAAGAUUCUUAUCUAGCCCAAUCAUUAUUCCUGCAAGCAAAGGCCAAUUUCGGCUACAAUUUGAUUGGAUGCGUUCAAGAUUGAAAACGUUGAAUCUAUUAUGAAGUUGUCAAUUUCAUGGUUGUCGAUAGAC